GGGAAGAAUGGUUUUCAGUACGUUUUCAGCUGCACCUUCGGCAACAUGACCUUCGUGAGCACUUUGCGUCAGUGGGAUGAAGCAGUGGCUUGUGUGGAGAAAAAGGACAUAGACUCUGGUCUCAGGAUCUUCCUGGGCAUUGAAGAGAAAACAUCAAAAAUCAACUUCAACAUCGGAUGCCUCCAUCUGAACAAUAAUGACCUGGAUGCUGCUGAAAAGGCAUUUGACAGCAGCAUCGGCAAAGAUCAGCAUCUGGCUGUUGCUUUUUUUCAGCGGGGAAUUACAUUCUAUAAAAAAGAAAGGUUUGAAGAGUCACUGAUGGAUUUCCAGCAAUGUUUUAAGGAGCUAAGAGGGAAUCACCUAAUAGACUACAAACCUCUUGGAAUGAUUUAUAAACUUUAUGCUUGUGAGGUGCUGCACAAUAUUGGACUUGUCUAUGCACAGAUGGGGAAAUGGGAGAAUGCUCAGGAAAAGCUGCUUUCUGCUCUUAACCUCCGUAUAGACUCCAAGUUAAGCCACGUCGAUAAGGCUCUGGAAUCCAUUUUGAAGCAGAAGCUCUUUCCUUUGGUGGUGAUUCGACCGGAGCUGUUGUUCAAACCCAAUAAGCACUAUGUGGCAGAACUGGAGAAAAAGGACUAUCUUGGAAAGGCCAAGGUUAUAUCUUCUGUGGUUCCUGCUGAUAGUUUCUCAGGUUUUGCUCCUCUUCAGCCUCAAGUUGAAGAUGCGCCAGCUAAACCCAAGCUACCAGAAGUACUGAGAGCUCUUGAAGGUGAACCUCACACAGUUUUGUACGAGUUCAUCCCUGAGACCACAGAAGAACUGGCUGUGUUACCUGGCAACAUCGUCUUCGUUCUUAAGAGAGGGACUGACAACUGGGCGUCUGUUAUUUUCAACGAAAGGAGAGGUUUGGUUCCCUACAAUUUCCUGGAGCCACUGGAUAUUACGGUGGCCUCCAAAAUGGUGCAGGUUGCACCAUCCAGUAGCAAUGAAGACAUACCCGCUCCGCCGAGAAGAGUAGCACCCAGUAAACCUGUGAGUAAAGCAGGUCAGGAGGCCACCACAAAAGAGAUUAAAGCUGAUGAUUUCUCAAAAUGCAUUGUGAAAGUGCACUUCCUGUUCACCAUAUGCGUCCGCGUUGCACCAGGACAGCCAUAUAAAGCCUUCCUCAAGAUUAUCAGCAAUAAACUCAAGCGACCUGAAUCUACACUCACUCUGAGCUAUUUUAAGCCUGGAUCUACUGAGAAAGUGACCAUUGACGAGUCAGAGAUGGAGGUGAUGUGGACCUGCGUGAGCAACAAUCGCCUCACGCUCUGGUGCUCAGCCUCUGAGAAUAAAACUACAACACAGGAAAAGAUGGUGGCUCUGUAUGCUUAUGAGGCAUGCACACCUGAAGAUCUGGAGUUUGCUGCAGGAGAUGUCAUCACUAUCCUGUCUAAAGUCAAUGAAGAAUGGCUCGAGGGCGAGUGCAAUGGGAAGAGUGGCAUCUUCCCAUCAUCUUUUGUUGUAAAUCAAGAAGGUAAUCAGUAGAUGGAGACAAGUCUGACUGAUAAAUGACAAAAUCUUGCCAUAGAUUUUUAGAAUUAUUUCAUGCUUGUGUAAUUUAUUCAGCAUUGCUUUAGUGCAGUUUAGUAAGAGGCAAUGCACGUCUGCAGAUACUUACACACUCAUAUUCUUGUAGACUUUGAUAAUGCAAGUCUAUACAUUAUAUUCUGAACAUAUUUAAGCUUUUUGGAAAUUGCUUGUGAACAUCCAACUCAUGGAAAUAAUGAAAUGGGUAUUCAUUCUAUAAUAAUCUAUAAUUCCAUAAACCCAGAUGAUCUGCUGUUAUAGAAAAUAAAUCAACACCUUAUGACCAAUCGGAAUAGAGAAUCCAAUAGCACUGUGGUUUACAAGACAUUUUUGGCAUUGUGAUUUUAAAUAAAAACCAGCAGCAGAUACAGAAAA